UACGAGCGUAAGAUAUUUUCAUAGGGUCAGCUGAUUGUCAACAGACGCCAAAGUUUAGCCGCGUAGUGCUGUCUGUCACCGUGUUCAUAAUGGCGAGUAAGACUGUAACAGCUAUCCCAGGUGGAGACAGCUUCCUAGGAGACAAGGGCCCUACUGAAGGCUUGCUGAUUGCUGCAGUGCUACCCUAUGUACUGAUGAUAAUUCUUCUACCCAUUGGCAGUUUCUUCUUCACCAAGUCCUUUGUAUUUCAGGAGAUACUGGCUUACAGUGACACCACUGCCAAUGUGUAUGCUGCCAUCUCUUCUGUGAUUCUCCUGCAUGUACUGUUGGCUCUCUUCAUCAUCAAAGCCUUCAAGGAAUACCCAUCCAAGGGUGUCAAGCAAGACUAAGUUUGUAAGUUUUCCUUAGUAUCAUGUAAUAUGAGCUUCACUGGGGUUUUACAUUUCACAACUUAAAUGAUGUGUGCAUUAAGUUUAUUAUUUGUAUAUAUGGGCCAUUAACUAUAUUGAAAGGUUUGCAAUACACAAAUAAUGCAAUGGAAUGUGUUACAUAUCUAGAGUGGGAUCACCCUUACUAUUUUUCUCACCCUUGUUUGGGAACCUGGUAUCACAAUAUGUGUUACCUAGCCCAGGUUAUAAUGUUAAUGUUAAUCUUAUUUGUAUGGUGGACUUCGGAUAACACUAAGUAACCUAACUGUACACAGGCCUGAGACAAAUUAGGCUACUUAGCUGGAGUUCCCAGCAUGAUGGUAGAGAGUAAGCUGAGGUGCUGAGUGGCUGGCUGGUAGGCAGACCCUAUGUACAGUCCCAUAAGGAACUGGUGUGUAUCUGCAUUGGAACAUGCUGUGUGCACACUUACAAACACUGCAGCAAGGAGUUUGGAUCUUCUGACCCCAGAUCCUUUCUUUAACAAAAAUGGAAGUUAAAGGGAAAACAAUCUUAGAUGUAGGUCAAUUACAUUUUUUUAGGGAAAGUUUUUGUAUCAUGUCUUGCUUGUAAUAGAGUUAAAAAUUACAUUGAUAUUGCAUCAUUUUAAUAAUUUCUGUACAUCAGGAUUUAUGAAAAAUGUUUAUAUAUGAGUCAGAAACAUAUAGAAAUUAAGACUGAUAGUCAUGCGUUUGUUAAAUUUUAAGUUGUAAAUCAGAGAAAUAUUUUAAUUAAAUUGAACAUAAUCAAAAUUACCUUUACAGUAAUAAGUAAAAGUUGCAGUGUACCAUCAGUCUUCAGCAGAAAUUAAUUUUUAGAAGUGUACCUUUCGCUUAGCUAAGGUAACAGGUAUUUUCCCCUCAUUAUAUGUAUACCACUGAUGUACCAUUUCCCUUGACUCCAAAGGCUGGCUUGAUUGGCCAUUUAGCUGGACCAACCAUCAUGUAAUGAUAUUGAACAGACCAGAAGGAGAUUGUACACAUUACAUUCACUAAGAAAACAGAUUAUUGCAUGUUUUUUUAUUUAGUUUGAAAAUGCCAUUCAGGAGAGGGUUAAGAGGUGACCUCAGCCCCACACUUGCUGUUGUUAUUUUGGUUACUGGUUGUGAUGCCAGUGUUUGACAAGCCUCACAGGGCUUCGGAAUAUGCAUGAAUCUGAAAGAAACUGUGAAAUAUUUAGUAAACUUUGCAAGAUUUGUAGCUCUCAUAUAUCACAUGUUGCAUUAUGAAGCAGUGUGGGACGUCACAAGGACCUGUGAAUUUCUUACAAACAUUGGCAGUCAAGGAUUACCUCCCUUUUACAAGCAUCUCCUCAUUUCUGAGCCACCAUUUGGCAUAAACUACAGAGUAUGUGAUGAUGGGAGAUGCACAGCAAUGAGCCCUGCACAACUUUUUGGACAGGGUGAUUUGUAUAUUUUAUAAUAAACUUUCUGUGUGAA